CAACGGGGCACCAUUGAAGAUAAAUUACGCGUUUCAGCCAUGCUAGAACCAUUAUGCCAAAGAAAACGCGAAGCGCAGCACUCAGGGUGAGACGCAAGAAUGCGCACGUACGUGACGCAAGAAAGCGCAAGUCGCGCUUCUGAUUAAAGGACGCCCCUGGUGUAAACACAGACGCCUAUUAGGAGAUCAACAUAUCGUUGUGAACUCUUACUUGGACUGGGCCGGACUUUCAUUGUCCUGUUGUGCUUCAAGGGUUAACAGGCUAAUUGCGAAUCUGCAAUUAAAUUAGGUCAAAAUGCUUCUUUUUCUUCUCGUGGUUUUACCGCUGUUGAUGCAAAGUUUCCCCAUUGUGGCAGUCACCGUCACCACCUCCAGACCCAGAGUAGAAGUGCAGGAGAAUUCAGAUGCUGUGCUCUCGUGUGAGUUUAAGACGGAAAAAGAUCAAAAUCCUCGCAUCGAGUGGAAGAAGAAAGAUAAGGAAGUGUCCUUUGUUUACUUUAAUGGCAAUUUCAGAGGACCAUUUAAGGCACGUGCCAAGAUUGAAGGGGCUACGGUAACACUGCGCAAGGUGACACUGAAGGAUGCAGGACAGUACCGCUGUGAAGUCAGCGCCCACCUCGACUCAGUCAUGCUGGGCGAGACCAACGUCACGCUCAAGGUGUUGGUCCCACCACACACCCCAACCUGUGACAUCCCCAGCUCAGCACUAACAGCAUCACGGGUGGAGCUCCGCUGCAGUGACCAGAUCAGCAUCCCGCCUGCUGAAUACUUCUGGUACAAGGACAGGAAGCCACUGGUACCCCCACGCCAAGCCAAUGCCAGUUACACUGUCAACCAGCGCACUGGUGUUCUGACUUUUCUAACAGUUACCAGAGCUGACACAGGACAGUACCACUGUGAGGCCAGAAACGGGGUUGGACAGCCAAAAAGCUGUGUAGGAAAGCAUAUGAAUAUCGAUGACCUAAACAUUCCGGCUGUAAUAACUGGGAUAGUAUUAGUGUGUCUGGUCAUAUCAGUAUGCACUCUUGGAGCAUGUUAUGCCCACCGGCAAGGCUACUUCAGCCGGCACAGAGGGCGGUCAUUCUGGAUUCCACAGUGUCAUGGAGUGGCUCACAUCAGCAGCCAGAACCUCAACAGAACUGAGGACAUCCCCCAUGCUGGCUAUGGCCCACCUUCUCAAGACAGUCAGGACUUUAAGCACACCCAGUCCUUUAUGCUCUGAGAGGCCUUCAUGCUCCCUCUGAACACAGUCAGCAUCAAAGGCAACAUGGGAACCAGAGUGACUGAGCCUCAUUGAUGCUCUCGCUGCCACCAUGGACAGACAGCUUGCCAGGACAGAACGCACAUGUUCCCUUCUCCUCUGCUGCUGCUGUGAGGCUCUUCUGACAGUCUUUGAGAACAUUUGCAUGGUAGUACCAUGUGGCACUCAAUCACUGAAACUGUAUUUUACUACUGUUUUACCACCACCCCACUCCACCCUACCCAGCGGGGGCCAGUGGCUUGCUUUUGUGCUGCACAGUUCAGUUGCCCACUGGCGCCCUCUGCUGGUGUUUUAAUACACACAAAGCUGAUCACGGGUGGAACACGUAAUACUCUUUGGGUUAGUGAUCUUCCCAAGUGUGGUAGCAUACAGGUCAUCUUAAGGUGGCCGUUUGAGCAUCUUAAUACUAUAAUGCUUUUCGGAAACUGGGCCCAAACUUCAAUUUACAUGAUAUCUGUAUUCUUUGUGCCUUAGCAGGGAGACAUUCACUGGUUUUGCAAAUGAACUGUUUUCAAAAAUUAACUCACCAUGUUGAGUCUCAUCAUUUCACCAGUCAGUGCUGCAUUGUGACUGGUUAGUUCAAGAGUUGAACGAUCUAUUAUUGGGUGAUGUUUAUAUGAAAAUGUGUUUGAACUGUGCCUUUUUUUCAUUUUAACUGUGCAGUUAUUCUUCUAAAUGGAAGCAUGGGAUAUGAAGCAGUGAAUGAUUUGCUGUACUAUUAAAGUUGAUUUUUUUUUUUUUUA